AUGUCGAAUAUCUCCAUGCGCAAGCUCGUCAUCAAGGAGGAUAGCAAGGAGGACGUAUUGAAGAAGAAACAACAUGGGACGCCCAAGGCUUCAAGAAAGAAUGCGGGCAAGACUUCUCUGCGCAGUAUAGCAGUUGAAGCCCAGAGGUCGCGGACGUUCGUCAAGUCGCGGGGAAGGCAACGCUUUGUAGACCCAGAUGCAGAGACAAAGACGGUCACAGCAUACUGCGCUGCCGAGACGUACGACAUCACAGCCGCUGCCAAACUUGUCAAGCAACAGGGCUACGAACUCGAUCCCUUCUCAACCGGACUCUACCCUCAAGUCAUACAUGUCCAAACAUCCGACAAGCCCUCCGAAGUCAAAGACUACCAGCAAGGAGACAUCUUCAUUUUCCCCUCCGGAACCGUCGUAACCUGGAACGUCCGCGAGCGUGAAGCCCUCAAGCUCGUCAACCAAAUCCUUCCCGCCGCCGCCGAAGGCUCCCACCUCGACAUGCUCGAAACCGAAGACCUGGAUUACCUGGAAGACCCCAGCAAAGAAACCAGCGAAGUCGUCGGCGACACCAUCGUGCUCGGCACAAAAGCCGAGCCAGAGCACGACUCCACCUCCCCAUCUCCCACCGACUCCCCCGAAAACCCCCAGCGCCACGAAGUCGACACCAUUCUCGCCAAAAUCGCGUUCUCCUCCGGCCUCGCGCGCUCGACCAAACUCUCCAUUCUCGAGACACUCUUGUCUGACUACCAGCAUUCCACCCGCUCUAUCCCCUCAGCGCUAAGCUCCCUCGCCCCCUCCACCCUCUUCACCCGCUCCUUCAUCCUGCGCAAAACCGGCGAACUACUCUCCAUCCGUGCACAGCUCAACCUCUACUCCGAGCUGACCGACUCCAUGCCCGAUAUCUUCUGGGACAGCCGCCACGAGCUCGGGCUCGGCGAGUACUACGACCAAGUCGGCCGCGCGCUCGACGUGGGCGUGCGCAUCAAAGUCCUGAACGAGAAAAUUGGCUUUGCGCAGGAGAUUGCGAGUGUGCUAAGGGAGCAGUUGAGUGAGAAACAUGGGCUCAGGCUCGAGUGGGCGAUUAUCGCGCUCAUUGCGGUCGAGGUCGUGCUGGAGGUUUAUCGGCAUUGGAUGGAGAGGCGGGAGAGGGAGGAUGAGGGGAGUAUGGAGAGUCUAGUGCGGAGGUAUGUGCUAAUGUUGAUGGAGAAGGAGAAGAUGACGAGCAAAGAGGCGGAGAGUAGUUGA